UUGCCUAGUCUAGCGUAGUCAGUUUUUGGUAUUCAAGUGUUGUGCACAUAAAUACGUUGUCUAAUAUUAGUAUCGAACCCCUGCUGACUUGCGGAAAAUAUAAUUUCGUUAAUAUGUCAAACAUUUCUGUAGUUGAUACAAAACCAUAUGAGGGACAAAAGCCCGGCACGAGCGGAUUACGCAAAAAAGUAAAAGUUUUCACUCAACAAAAUUAUACUGAAAACUUUGUUCAGUGCAUAUUGGACGCCAAUGGUGCAGCAGUGGUGGGUGCUACACUCGUAGUGGGUGGUGACGGCCGCUACUAUUGUAAGGAGGCAGCGGAGCUCAUUAUCCGUAUAUGUGCUGCAAAUGGGGUUGGAAAAUUGCUUGUGGGACAAAAUGGCAUCCUCUCCACUCCGGCAGUUUCAAGUUUGAUUCGUCAUAAUAAAGCAUUAGGCGGAAUUGUGCUGACUGCAUCCCAUAACCCUGGCGGUCCCGAAAACGAUUUCGGCAUUAAGUUCAAUUGCGAAAAUGGUGGACCCGCACCAGAUGCUGUAACAAACAACAUCUACCAACUUUCCACUGCCAUCAAGGAGUACAAAAUAGUCAAUGCUUUGGAAAUUGACAUUAGUAAAAUAGGUGUUAACAAAUACGAAAUCAAUGGUAAACCUUUCGUUGUUGAAGUCAUCGACUCGGUAGCCCACUAUGUUGCCCAUAUGAAAGAGAUUUUCGACUUUGCGAAGUUACGCGACUUUGUUAGUGGGAAGGCAUCUGGUAAGGUUCUUAAAAUGCGCAUCGAUUCGUUGAAUGGUGUGACGGGCUCGUAUGUGCGUGAAAUCUUUCUGAACUGCUUGGGUGCAACAGAGAGUUCUGUAGUUCAUACUACGCCACUGCCCGAUUUCGGCGGCUUGCAUCCCGAUCCAAAUCUAACAUAUGCUAAGGACUUAGUGCAAGCGGUGGCGCAAGGAGACUACGAUAUCGGUGCUGCAUUUGACGGUGACGGAGACCGCAACAUGAUAAUCGGGCAUCGUGCGUUCUUUGUGACACCCAGCGAUUCCUUGGCCGUUAUCGCAAACAACUUGGAAUGUAUUCCUUACUUCAAGAAAAAUGGUGUACAAGGCUUUGCUAGAAGUAUGCCCACAGCUUCUGCUGUUGAUUUGGUUGGCCAGAAACUGGGAAAAGAGGUAUUUGAAGUGCCAACCGGCUGGAAAUAUUUCGGUAAUCUUAUGGAUGCUGGACGUCUGUGCUUAUGCGGUGAGGAAAGUUUUGGUACUGGAUCCAAUCAUAUACGUGAAAAGGAUGGCAUUUGGGCAGUUUUAGCCUGGCUUUCUAUUAUGGAACACCUCGGCAAAGGUAUUGAAGAUAUUCUCAAAGAUCACUGGGCAACAUACGGGCGUAAUUAUUUUACACGCUACGACUAUGAGGAAUGUGAAUUAGACCCUUGCAAUGAGAUGAUUGCAACUAUGGAGAAAAAUAUCACAGAUCCCGCAUUUGUGGGAAAGAGCUUUGCGAGCGGUGGCAAAACAUAUAAAGUGAAGAUCGCUGAUAAUUUUAGUUAUACUGAUCCUGUAGAUCAUUCUGUCGCUACAAAACAGGGCUUGCGAAUUGUCUUUGAGGAUGGCAGUCGAAUUGUGAUUCGCUUAAGUGGUACUGGCAGUUCAGGCGCUACUGUACGUUUGUACAUUGACUCUUAUGAGAAGGAUAACGUACUCGGGCUGGCUAGUGAAAUGCUGAAACCUCUCAUAGAUAUCGCUUUGGAGAUUUCACAGCUGCCGAAGUUUACUGGACGCAAUGCACCUACUGUUAUUACAUAAGCGCUUAAACAAUAACAAAACUUACUUCGUUUACAAAAACCUUGCCUGGAAAGUGUUUUAAUGGUUAAUAGUUUUUGCCCUAAGAUCUAAUUCAUUACAAAAUCAAUUGCCAUUUAAUUUUUUAAAUUAGUAUCAUAUAUUUUUUGUUAAUAAAAACAGUUAUAAAUAA